AUGAGGCGUGCCCUUGCUGCAUCCCGCAGCGCAGAGCUCAUAGGACGGGUUGGAGGGGCUUGCGGGAUAAGACGGCGCUUGAUUGGCCACGCUAAGAAGCUAAGCUUGGGAGAGGACACGGGGGGAGGGGGUACGAGUGCUCACCACGGAAGUUACAUCAGCAGGUGCUUAAAGGGCCAGCAGGGGCCUCGAGGUAACUUAUUCCGGCGGCGCCCCCCACCCCCCACGGAAAGACUGAGGCCAGACACAAGACAAACGCAGGAGCCUGACAGGUUAGUUGGGGGCGGAAGCGCAAGGCCCUCUUCUCCCGCGCUGCGCGAACGCAACUCCUCCCCCUCUCCCCCCAGCCCACCGUCUUCGUCUCGUCUCGCGGCCCAGACCCCCUCUCCUUCUUCCGCUUCCCCAUUUUUCUGCAGGAAUCAGAACUCAAAUUGGGCGCCAAGGCGUCCCCGCCCACCGUGCGUAGGGCGGGGAACGCAGGCCCGGAAGGGCUGCAGCGAGACAGGCCGAGGUGGAGACACAAAGGAGGCGGGGCUUAUCCAGACUCCCGGGAAAGAAGCGUGGCUUGUCACUCACUGGGAGGGGGCCGGACUUAGCCUAUCUCCCGAGGAAAGAGUGGCGAGGACGAGACAGAGGCGGCGCCCGCCCAGUAAACGUGAGGCGGGGAGCGCCGCCCCUGCGACUAAAAGAGAGCGGCAGGGGGAGGGGCCUGGCGCAUCUUGCGGAGCUCCGGCCGCGGUUCCCGGGCAGUCUGCCGUGCCGCCGAGGCGCAUCUGGACGUGUGCGGUAAGUGCCGCGCUCAGCCCCGGUGUCGUGGGACCCUCGAAUCCCCCCGCUCCUCCUGUCCCCCCCUCUCCCCCCCCGAGCUGGGUGUACCGGGAGCUGCUGCUUCUGGGCCUCGCUGUUCUCCCUCCUUUCUUCUCUCCUGUGCCCUCUCUUCCCGUCAAUUCACGCCCGAUCUCGGCGGGACCCGAGCUGAAGGGACAGGAUUCUCCGCCUCCAUCCCGCGGGCUUGCGGCUGCGCGCGCCUGGCUGCGGGAGGGUCUUUCCUUUGUCUGCCGUCCGUGGCUGAUGCAGCGGGAGAGGCUCGGGGAACAGCUCGGCGCGCUUCCCAGCAGAGACGAUCCGACGGGUCUGCCCCCAAAACCUGCCCCCCGCUCUGUAACCAGGAGAUGGCAGACCAGGGGGGGAGCAGAAGGGGGGCUGGAGGAAGGGACUUAG